GAAACUUACUUUUGUCAUGUAUUGACUGUUAAAUGAGGAUGAGAAUAGUGGUAGAGCAAGUGUUAUCUUGCCAAAUCAAUCCUUGUACACUGCUUUGCGUUGUCCUGGUUGGAUGUACCUGGUGGAAUAGUCGAGGUCUUUCAAAGUGAGCAGUUUAUACAGUAUAGUGGUAAAAUUCAACUUGUCUUGUGUCUCAAUUCAAUGGAGAAAGCUGUGAAGCACAAUAAGAUUUUGUUGCCCCCACAAGAGAUGCAUAUAUUGGAUCAAAUCCUCAUGCUUAUCUUGAGUUUUCUAAGUAAGCACAUGCCUUAUUAAAGUUCUUAUAGUUUAUAUUAUUGUGAUGAAUGAGACAAAACCUUUAUGCCCACAGUGUAGUGUUAAGCAGACAACCUUGGUGUACUGUACCAAAAAUGGUGAUGUAAAAGGGAGAUAGAACUCCACUCUUUAUGCACAUAAGAUUCAUAAAUCCAUUGCUGACCCAAUGGUAAGCCUUAAAAAGAUGAAUUAUCUAUUAUGAUGGUGCUGGUAUUCCAUUAUAAACUGAUGUUUUCCACCUAUUUUGCCAGGUAAGAUCUUCUGCUUACUCUUUUUCUCUUUUUAUCCUAAUACAAUUUGCCACCUUGGCUCACCCUAUAUAAGGUAACUCUCUUAUGUUGUGGCAACCAUAAAUGGUUCACUAAUGUCUUCUCAGUUAACCAUGCAAGAAGAGGAACUUCGAAGAGGGCAGUGGCUUGAAGAGGAAGAUGAGAGACUGGCUAUGAUUGUAGCCAUUUCAGGUGAACGUCGUUGGGAUGCAUUAGCAAAAGAUUCAGGGUUGAAGAGGAGCGGGAAAAGCUGCAGAUUGCGAUGGCUGAACUACCUCCGCCCAAAUCUAAAGCACGGUCAUAUUACUGCAGAUGAAGAACGUUUGAUAAUCCGACUUCAGAAACAGUUUGGAAACAAGUGGUCAAAGAUUGCAAAACAAUUGCCUGGAAGAACUGAUAAUGAAAUCAAGAACUACUGGAGAAGUCAUUUGAGAAAGAAAGCACCUGUUUAUGAACAAGAAUGCUUUGAAGAUAAUACAAGUAAUUCAGAACAAAAGUCAUCAAUUUCGAACCGCGCUACUGUCCUUAAUUCAUCCAACAGUGAUGACUCUUUUUCUGAAAAAGGUGAUUGUUACUCUGCUGAUUCUUUGGCAAAUGAAGUAACAUUAUUGGAUGGGAUUCCAAGUUGGUCAUAUGAACAAAGCAGAAUGGAGCAUCAUAUGUACUUUUGCAGCUCAAACCUAUGUUCUUGUUAUGCGCCAUGGACCUCUGAAGACAAUAAUUAAAUCUGUCCAAUUAUAUUAGUUUUUUUUUUUUUCUGUAGAAAUACAAAGAAUCUGAUGGUAUAGACAUCUUGAGUUGUCCACUCUUAUGAGGGAAAGGAGACAACAAGAUGCAGGUUAAAUAUCCAUUUUGGACA